UCCAAAAGCUCUUGUAUCUUAUUUCUUCUCUCUCACAUGCGCUAGAGCUAGUUCGCAGCACUAGUGUUUAGAGACGAAGAGGGUGUGGUUCUCCGGGUUCAUUCACUGAUUUAGUGCUCCAUGUUGCAGUACAUCUUCUUCUUCUUCUUGUUUUUGUUGGUGGGUAGUCGUGGGCGGCUUCAGACUGGUGUGAGUGCAGACAUAGAAAGUGUGAAGGUGGGUAACAUUUCAAAGGUGGAAGAUGCAGUGUACUUCCAUGUAUAUUAUGGGCAGACAUUCAAGGUCAUUAAGAAUGGGGUUGAUGGCAAGAGCUAUCUUCUCAUCCAGGAUAAUUCAAGAAUGGCAGCAAGGACAAAAUACUGCACAGCAAGGAUCAAAUCAUUUGUGAUUCCCUUGUCCAACUACUCUGUUGAUACAGAGUAUUUUCCAGUUUCCUUCUUUGAGCUCUUGGGUUCAGUGGGGAACUUGAAGGGCAUGACAUCAGAGUCCGUGGCUUCAGAAUGCGUCUUAAAAUCAUACGAACAAGGAGAAAUCCAUAUAAUCAGUAAGAGUGAGCCACAGCUGCUUCACCAAUUUUCAGCUCAUUUUAUUAGCAACACUGAUCAACCACAAGCCUGCAAUUUUGCUUCUUUUCUUCCUUCCGAAGAGGACACUCCCCUCCAGCGAGCUGAAUGGAUCAAAUACUUGGGAGUUUUUUCAAACCUUGAGGUCAGAGCCAAUGCAGUCUAUGACUCGGUUAAAGAAAACUAUAUGUGCUUGACUAAAGUUGCUGCAAACAAGAGUGCUGCAGCAUCAUUCAAGCCAAUAGUUGCAUGGAUGAAUUAUAACGAUGGUGUCUGGUCUUUUACAAAGGACACAUACAAGCUAAAGUAUGUGGAAGAUGCAGGUGGGGAGAAUGUGGAUGGCUCCAUCAACAAAAUUACCUAUAACAUUUCUAAUCCUGAUGAUUUGGACGAACUGCAUGCCAUAUUAUGUUCAACUGUGGAUGUGGUGAUUGAUGAAAGUUACACUUCUGAUCCUGUGGGCUACAAUGUCUCCACCUUUCUCCAAACUAUAAAUGUUGAAGAGUACUCUUGUUUCACUUUUCUCACAAACAAAAGCUUAUGGAGAUACGAUAAAAGAAUCCAAAACUCAACCACACUAGACUGGUUUGAUGGAGCCAUUUCGCAGCCUCAACUAGUUUUAGCAGAUCUAGUUGAAGCUUUGUUUCCAACAGGAAGUUAUACAACAACAUACCUGAGGAAUCUUGCAAAGGAAGAAGGUGUCAUUAAUAUCAAAUCUGAGAUGUGUGACAGAGAUAGUUCCACUGCUAUGGAACCCACAAUUCUAGCUUGCCAAUUAUAAUAUUUUUUAUUAUUGAUUUGUCUAAAAUUUAUAGAAAAGGUUUGAAUUUUUUUUUCUUCUGAUUUUCAGGUUAAUUACUAUAUAUAUGUGUGUGUAAUCGGCAUUUUGUCAUGCUCUUUGGGAUGUUUCAUUUUUUUUUUCUUUUUUGGAUUUAAUCAUACAUUUAUCAAUCAUUUUCAAGCUAUAAUCUAUAUAUUGUUGACAUA